UCAGAGCCAAAGGAGUCUUUCAUGCUGGAGAGGGUGGAUAUUGAAUCACUUCCAAAGUCUGAUACGGGUGUUUUCCAUGGAGUAAGCCACUUGCCUGCCUUUUUGAUUUGCUGCUAAGGUUGGCUGACACGCAUUGGCAGAUGGAGCAAUAGAUAGAGCCCUGUGUGCUGCAUCAAGAGGUUAGUUCAGGCUUCUGGCAGACCGCCCUCUACCUGUCCACGGAGGUCCACCAACACCAGCACACCUCUACCCUCUUCCAACAUCAGCCCCCUGGUAUACUACCCACACCUGUUCCCCCAAUGCUGGCGACACCAGACAGAAAUCUGCCCCAUCCCCAUGUGAUGCUGAGGUUGGCCCCUAUGGCAGCCACCGUUGUCCCCCUCCUAGGACCCUUCGGCUCCCUCCAUGGGGCCUUCCAGCCAAAGACAUGCCCUCCCCAGACAUCAAACAUUCUAGACAUGGCACCUAGACCUAGGACUGGGUCACACAAGCUGCUCCAGAAGGAUCCAAGAGUGAGUAUCCUUUUGAUUAUUUGCAAUUUAAUAUCUACAUAUAUUGCCAAAAUGUUCUCAUUUGGAAAGUGUUUUGAGUUCUGUUUCUAUUCUGACCUAUUGAAUUCGUUGUUCUCUCAGAGACCAGGAAGGUGGAAUACAAUGCAUGUCCGCAUUGCAUGGCAGAUCCACCACCAUAAGCUGAGAGUGAAGCAGAAGAUGCAAGUGGAUGCAAAUUCAAUCAACUUCGGUGUCAACCCGGAAUUUCUGACUCAGCCUCCUGGUUCUGACCAGAUUCAAGCCAUCCCCCAUCAGCGGGACCUUAUUCAGUACUCCACCCCACUCUCUAACCCAGAGUCACACAGUAGACAUCCUUUAUUUGGAGGUUUGGGAUCACUGAGGGUCACAACCUUUGGUGGACUGCCAAACCUAGCACUCAACUAUCCCAUGAUCUAUCACAAAGACAAUCUAAAUGCACCAAGUGGAGAAGAAGGAGGAACUCCUGAGUGGUGGAGCAGGCAGCAGAAGACACCCCCAUCCUCUGUAUGUCAACCUGAACACUCUACAGAGCCUGAACAACCAGGAAGAGAUUCAAUCAGGGAACCUCAGGACAGAGAAUGGGGACAGCAGCUACACCUACCCAGAGAGAAGAUGGAGGAGAAACAGUACAUAGUGGAGAAACACCAAGUCCACAAUGCUGCAGGGACUCAUGACAGUUCACCUGCUGAAGACAAGUCUGUUCCUCAGACAAUAACCUUGGAACAUGGUCAGCGGUCCAAUGGCAGCUGUAGCUGGGAGUCAGGUGACAGGAAAAGAGGGCUUGAGUGUAAGAACCUCAUAAAGGUCAAGAAGAUUAAGCGGCAAAGAGAGGAUGACCAGGAGGAUUUCAAUGAAGGUCCUCAACCCACAGAGAAACCAUCCCUGGUACCACUCAUGCCAACACUCACGCCAUCCUCCAUGUCGAUGCAGCACAUGACCAUAGGGAACAUUAUUCCAAGGCUCUACCCAGUAAAUAGUGUAUGUAAUCUGGCCCGGACUCAGGUUGGCACUCCUAAUAUGGGGCUCAUCCCCUACCAUGCACUUCCCUGUGACACCCCAAGAGACCCACUGUGGGAUGUAUACAGGGGUAUGGACCUCCCUGCUUCCUCCUGUCAAGAGCUGGUCAUGAGGGCUGAUCCUCUGCAUGGUGUGGUGGGGGCCAGGCUGUUGGAGGCAGAAAACUGUUCAUAUAGAGACCCUCAUCACAGCUUUUCACACCCACCCCAUCACUCCCCACUGGUCCUCAAGCAGGAGAGGGCUUACCUCAUGGAAAGAGAGCGUCUGCACUUGCGCAGAGAGAAAUACUACGAGCACAGCCUCUAUUCUGCCACCCUGGGCGACCAUCUCCCCCAUCCCAGCCUCCUGACCUCCACCUAUUCUAGGUCACAUAUCUCCAGGGUGGGUCUCACCCAGAGUAGCCUCCCGAACAGAACUCUUACCCCUGGGUUCUUAAGCACACUGCCGCCUUUGGUCCCCUUUUCUCUCCCCUUGUCUGGUGCUCCCCACAGAACUACCUCGUAAUGACAGAAAUCAGAAGACCCUACUCUGUGUGCUUGCUUGCCUUA